GAUAAAUACAAGGGCCAGCAGGCUCGGGGGGGUGUCGCAGACGAAGGCCGGAUCUUCCUCCCUCUCUCUUCUCUCAGCUCUCCUCCUAACCUCAAAGAGUCAAGAUGCCUCACGCAUACCCUUUCCUCACUCCUGAGCAGAAGAAGGAGCUCAGCGAUAUUGCUCAGAAGAUUGUCGCUACCGGCAAGGGAAUCCUCGCCGCAGAUGAGUCCACCGGCAGCGUGGCCAAGCGCUUCCAGAGCAUCAAUGCUGAGAACACUGAGGAGAACAGGAGGCUGUACCGCCAGCUCCUCUUCACCGCUGACGACCGCAUCACCCCUUGCAUUGGAGGCGUCAUCCUCUUCCAUGAGACCAUGUACCAGAAGACCGAUGAUGGCAAGCCCUUCACCCAGUACCUCAAAGAAAGAGGCAUGGUCGUGGGCAUCAAGGUCGAUAAAGGUGUUGUCCCCCUGGCCGGAACCAAUGGCGAGACAACUACCCAGGGUCUUGAUGGACUGUAUGAGCGCUGUGCCCAGUACAAGAAGGAUGGUGCCGACUUUGCCAAGUGGCGCUGUGUGCUGAAGAUCACCCCCACCACUCCCUCAAGACUGGCCAUCAUAGAAAACGCCAAUGUCCUGGCCCGCUAUGCCAGCAUCUGCCAGAUGCACGGCAUCGUCCCCAUAGUUGAGCCUGAGAUUCUCCCUGAUGGUGACCAUGACCUGAAGCGCUGCCAGUACGUUACCGAGAAGGUCCUGGCUGCUGUCUACAAGGCCCUGUCCGACCACCACGUCUACCUGGAGGGCACCCUGCUCAAGCCCAACAUGGUGACCGCCGGACACUCCUGCUCACAUAAGUACAGCAACCAGGAGAUCGCUAUGGCGACAGUGACUGCCCUGCGCCGCACUGUGCCCCCUGCAGUCCCUGGCAUUACUUUCCUGUCUGGUGGCCAGAGUGAGGAGGAGGCCUCCAUCAACCUGAAUGCCAUGAACAUGUGCCCUCUGCACAGGCCCUGGGCUCUGACUUUCUCAUACGGCCGUGCCCUGCAGGCCUCCGCCCUCAAAGCCUGGGGCGGAAAGAAGGAGAAUGGAAAGGCAUGCCAGGAUGAGUUCAUCAAGAGAGCUCUGGCUAACAGCCAGGCCUGCCAGGGCAAAUAUGUUUCCUCUGGAAGCAGCACUGCCGGUGGAGAGUCACUGUUUGUGGCUAACCACGCUUAUUAAGCAUGGACACUCACCAAUUCCCUUUCCACCUUCUUCCCAUCAUUUUGCAUCACCAUGGAAAGGCCAUGUCCUCUUGUGCACCACCUUACUGCACUUUCACAGCAUCUUGGUAGAAAGCGAAAGAGAAAGAUGGAAAAAAAAACUUCCUUUGGGUUGUUGCUACAGCUAGGAGAUCCUGAAAAGAAUGUUCUGCCUCCAUUCCCUUAUCUUUUAUUUUUAAACACCUUUUCUCAGGUGAAGAUUCCCACACUCUUUUUACGCAACUUGUACUUUUUUUCCCAUGGUCUGAUUCCACCAAGUGCAGUAUAUGAUUUAUACUGGUGCCAUGGAAUAAAGUAUUUACCCUAA